AUGGUUCAUGUUUACCCAAAAACUUUAGAUACAAAAAUUCUGAAUGAAGUCUAUAUUAACAAAAACAGUAUUGAUGCACAAGUUGAGAAAAUUCUAAACAGGUUUCCAGUUUCUAAUCCCAUAAAUAAGGAUUGGCUGUACAGGGUUAUUUCUGUGAUAGAUUUAACAACACUUGGUGGUGAUGACACCCGUUCAAAUGUUGUCAGACUGUGCAAUAGAGCUGCCAAUCCAUUAGGAGUAGAUCAAAAUGACAUAAAAGUUAGAACAGCAGCAGUGUGUGUUUACCCUAACCGAAUAAAAGAUGCCUAUGAAACCAUUUCCAGGUUGAAUCUUAAAAAAGAUGUUCAAAUUGCAUCAGUGGCAACAGGCUUUCCUUCUGGACAAUAUCCUUUAAGCACACGCUUGCAGGAAAUUAAGUUUGCUUUAGACAAUGGAGCUACUGAGAUAGAUGUGGUAAUAGAUAGAAGCCUCGUCCUCAUGGGGGAGUGGGAAACAUUGUAUGAUGAGUUACUUCAGAUGAAGAGGGCAUGUGGUAGAGCACAUUUAAAAGUUAUCCUUGGAGUGGGAGAACUCGGUUCUUAUGAAAAUGUUUAUAAUGCUUCCAUAGUGUCAAUGAUGGCUGGAGCCGACUUUAUAAAAACAUCCACAGGGAAGGAGGCUGUGAAUGCUACUUUACCAGUGGGAUUAGUGAUGUGUCGUGCCAUAAGAAACUAUUACCUGAUGACUGGAACUAAGGUGGGAUUGAAACCCGCAGGAGGUAUCAAGACAUCCAAAGACGCUGUUAAUUGGCUCACUUUGGUUUAUAAUGAAUUAGGAGAAGAGUGGCUCUCUCCAAAACUCUUCCGUAUUGGUGCUUCCAGUCUACUUGAUGUCAUAAUCAGGGACAUACAAAAAGUUCUGUGA